AUGUCCAAGCACGUGUUCCUGACGGGACCCCCAGGGGUUGGAAAGACUACUUUGAUCCAGAAAGUCACUCAAGCUCUAAAAUCCUCAGGUGUUCCCACUGAUGGAUUUUACACACAGGAAGUUAGAGAAGGUGGCAGGAGAACAGGAUUUGAUGUUGUCACUCUGUCUGGAAACCGAGGACCUUUAUCUAGAAUCAGUUCUGAUUCUUCUGCUUCAAGACGUGAGUACCGGGUUGGACAAUAUGUUGUAGACCUUGUUUCAUUUGAGCAGUUGGUUUUACCUAUACUGAGAAAUGUAAACCAUGGUGGUGACAGAGAGAAAAGAAUUUGUGUCAUAGAUGAGAUUGGUAAAAUGGAACUCUUCAGCCAGGCUUUUAUUCAAGCUGUUCGUCAAACGCUGGCUGGCUCAGGGACUGUGGUGCUUGGAACUAUUCCAAUACCUAAGGGAAAGCCACUGGAUCUUGUAGAAGAAAUAAGAAAUAGGAAAGAUGUUAAAGUGUUCAAUGUUAGCAAGGAAAACAGAAACAGCAUUUUGCAAGACAUCUUGGCAGCUGUGGAAUCCUGCAGAAAAUGA